CUGACUUAGCAGUCACAUCUCUUGUUUCAAUGCAAGAGUGUUCAUAUAAAGCUAAUUUUGAACAAAAAACAUUCGCAACGCAAAUACCAAUCCGUGUAAUAUAAUACACAACACAUAAGAGUUCUUUAACUAUCAGCACAGAAACAUUAAUCGGCGGUGGCAUAAACAAAAAACAGUGUUGUUUUUCUCUUCUACUGGGAAGGCGAAAAAGGGGCGGGAAUGAUUUCAAAUCUCGGUCAGAGAUCAUCGACUGACCCCCGAAAGCUGAGGCAGGAGGGCAUCCACCCCUACAACGCAAAGAAGUGUCACUUUGAUGGCAAGCAUAGACGCACAGAGCAGAGCGAGGAACAGAGGAAGAUGCUACGCAAUAUUUACAAAUUGUCCCAAGAAGAGCGGAGGAACUUCAUCGGGGAAAUAGCUGAGGGGGACAAAGCGUACCAGGCUGUAGAGUAUUCCCCCAAUUUCUACGAGAAAUAUGGGUCCACGCUGCCAAUAGCUAACUUUGGAAGUGGAAAGCGUGAUCAAAUGGAUACUUUCAUCCCAUUGAUGUUUCCGCCCGCCGAACUGGGAGUGAGUUACAAAGAGAGGGAAGGGGCGAGACAGUUUGUGGAAACGGUUUUGGAAGUGGAGAGCUUAGACAAAUGGGCUCCAGCUCCGCCGCUACUUAUUUACCCACAGAAGAACAACUAGCGUCACGUUACCAACUAAAAAGUACCCCCACCAAUAUCUUUCUAACUUAGACACACUCCAACCCACGACCUAUAUUCAUCUCUGGAGAAAAAAAAUUGAAAAUCUUCGUAGCAAAUCAGGGAAAAUUGAGAACGAAAUAGCAAUCGUUAAACUAAAAAAUAAAAGAUGUAUACUUGCAGAAACAAUAAAUAUAUGCCUUGCUCUAAAUAUUCUUUCUUUUGCCCAACGCAAGUGUUUAUUUUCCUGGAUAAAAAAGUUAAAUUUAUUUUGAGAUCAAAUAGUUAA